AUGCAAAAUCACGUCACAAGCCGAUGGGAUGGUAUUCCUCUUGCAUCACAGUCAGCGCUGCUGGAAGCAGAGGAUGGUACGACGGUUAUCACGGAAACGAUGAAAGAGGAUGAAACACGGGAAUCAAAAAAUUGUUCAAAACGUGCAGGAAAGUUAUUCAAAAUCUUGAUUCCUCAUGUGAUACUAGUAACAGUACUAAUUGGUUACUUAUGUCUUGGUGCACGGAUUCUCAUGGCAUUAGAAACAAGCACGGAAUUGAUGGCUCGAUCUCGGAAACUAAUUCAUUUGUCCAAUAUCAUGACAAAUUUCACAGCUGACAGCUGGAGGAUUCUAAAUGAUGCACAACUGGGGAUUCAUUCAAUUGACCGCUCCGAAUGGACUACAAUUUUCAGGGAAUAUAUGAUAUCAGUAGCAGAGACAGUGGAUGAUCGACGUCCGAUCCGUAAAGAGCUUCGAAAACCGGAUGACAUUGAUAAUAUUCACAACAAGUGGACUUUCCCAACUGCCUUACUAUAUGUGCUUACUGUUCUCACUACAUGCGGAUAUGGUGAAGUAUCAGUCGAUACAGAUUUAGGAAAAGUAUUUGCGGUAGCAUUCGCUUUAGUUGGCAUACCUCUUAUGUUUAUCACGGCUGCGGAUAUAGGCAAAUUUUUGUCGGAAACAUUGCUUCGUUUCGUUUCAAACUGGAACAAGAUGUCACACAAAAUGAAGCAAAUCUUAUUUCGAAAACGCUAUAUGCGAAGGAAGUCAUCACAAUCGACAAGUGGUCACUCCGAUGUCAUAGAUAUUUUCGGCAUAGAAGGAAGCGAUGGGAAAUUAUGGUUCCCAAUUGGAGCUUAUGUGUCAUGCAUCUGUUUGUAUUGCUCGAUGGGUUCUGCCAUGUUUAUCAACUGGGAGCGUUCGUGGUCUUUUCUACACGCUUUUCAUUUUGGCUUCAAUCUUAUCGUAACCGUCGGCCUUGGCGAUAUCGUCGUUGUUGAUUACAUUUUCUUAUCUCUUAUUGUCGCUUUUGUCAUCGUUGGUUUAUCAGUUGUUACGAUGUGUAUUGACCUAGCAUCAACACAUCUGAAAGCAUAUUUUACUCGCUUCCAUUAUUUCGGACGAGCCAAAAAAUUUCUUGGUAUGAGCGAGGAACUUAAGGAAAUUGUAGUUCUGUUAAGAGCAAUGAGAAGGAAAAAAGGAGGAAAGGUCACUUGGAAUGAUGUUCGAGCAUUUCUGGAUAGUGAACUACGGGAUCGGCCAUUCGAGCCUCAUGAGCUUCUUAUGAAAUUGCGCUUCAUCGAUGAAACGUCAUCCGGAAUGUCGACAAUACGGCAUAAUUCGUUCCAAUCCGACUUCUUCCGUGAUACCGAAUAUUUGCGAAGAAUAACUGCUUUACGUCCCGAACAACCCGCAUAUCUGUAAAGAAAGCGUUAUUCUGUUCAUUCUAUAAGGAUCACCAA